GAUCUCGUCUGUGAUUGGCUGUCGCCACCGUGAAGCUUCGGAAGUGUCAUUUCUGGACUUUUGGAAACUUGCAGAUCUGCGGCGGUGACGAGUUGUUGGUUCACGAGUUUCUGGACGAAAUGGCCUCGAGGACUCUGUAAAACAGGAGGAGGGAGGAUGUCUGUGGAGGUGGACUUGUUGCUGCAGGAGGCGAAGGAAAGCAUCGAGGCGGCCCAGAACUACCGCAGCGAACUGCAGCAGCGCCUGCAUGGCCUCAACCAGGCCCGCAAACAGGUUCGGGGGAGUUCGGGUCAGGCCCGCGAGGUCCUCCGGCGCCACUUCACCGAGCUGCAGGCGGCAGCGACUCGGCUGCUGACGGAGCGGCUGAGCGCCCUCCUGGCCGAGGUGGACACCAUCGAGGCCGACAGCGUCAAACCGCUCGAUGACUGCCAGAGCCUCAUCGAGCACGGCGUGGGCCAGGCGGACGAGCUGCUCAGAGAAGGCGAAGCAGCUCUGCGUUGUGGUCUCGGCGAGAAGGAGGACAAACUGGGCAGCUUCACCAAGAAGGCGAUGCACAUCCAAUUGGACAGCCUGCCGGAGGUACCGGCGUUGGUGGAUGUGCCGAGUGUCUCGGCCCAGCUCGACGACUCCCUGCUGGGUCUGCUGAGGGACCGGGUGUCCCGUCACGGCUCCGUCUCCUCCCACCCGCCAGUCCAGAUAGAAGAGCUGCAGGAGAGGCCGGGCAGCAUCCUGGUCCGCUGGUGUAAGGUGGACGAGGACUUCGCCGCAGCUGAUUAUCGGCUGCAGUAUCGGCGUUCUGGCAGCGGUGGGAGCCAGUACGAGGACGCCUACAUCGGGCGGGACUCUGAGUUUUUGGUCCUCCACCUCGACCCACACACUGACUACCUGUUCAGGGUUUGCGCCCGCGGGGAGGGUCGCACCGAGUGGAGCCCAUGGAGCAUCCCACAGACCGGGUACACCACGCUGGCGCCGCAUGAGUGGUGUCCGGGCACUGAGGGCUACAUCCUCAGCAGCAGGAGAAACAUCGCCAUGCGCAACGACUCCUCCCAGUCGCGCUGCCCCGUCCUGUACUCGAAGGCGCCCACAUACUUCUGCGGACAGACGCUGACCUUCAAGAUCUCUGCGGCCGGGCAGAUGGAUCGGAGGGACAGUCUGGGCGUGUGCGUGGACAGCCAGAAAGGGGCGGAGUCACUUCAGAGAGACCAGGCGGUCUGCAUUUCAACCAACGGUGCUGUAUUCGUCAACGGCAAAGAGAUGACCAACCAGCUGCCCGCCAUCACCGUGGGCUCCGCCGUGACCUUCGACAUGGAGGUGGUCAACCUGUUUCCCAUCAGCAACAACAACCUGAGCGAGGGCGGCAACUUCAAGCUGAGGGUGACCAUCGGCUCAGGGAACCGGGAGGUGGUGUUUGACUGGCUGGUGGACCAGGCGGUGGACUGCCUCUACUUUGGCUGCUCUUUCGUCCACUCCGGCUGGAAGGUGCUCGUGUUUUAAAGGCUCGAUCCUUCAAAUCUGCUGGAGUUCAGGAGCCCGUCACACCGGCUCAGACAUCAAGUCUAAACUUUUCUCUUUUGUCGUUUCAUUUCCUCUCACUCCCGAGACUCUGACAGGGCGACAAGUCUGAAAAAAAUCAGUUAUUUCUUCCCAGAAUUAACUUCCAGGUACUCCAUAGUUCCCUGGAAAACCUGGAAUUGUGCCACAAAGGCUUCCAGACUUUAACCAGCACGUCUUAAACUCAUGCUGGAAUGCUCACAUAGAAGUAAAACUGUAAAACUGAGGCGCAGAUUCGGUGCGUUUACAUGCAUUUAGAGUAAAUAACUUGUAGAACAAAUCUGGAUUUUGUAAUCUGGGACAUGUACGAAAAGUACAAAGUCGUCUGCAAAGAAACUGAGCCUGGCUACACAAUGAAACAUCUUUUUAGACGCUUUGUUGGCCAAUCAAAUCUUUGUAUUUCUACUGUUUAAACUGUGAUUUUCACAGGACACUGCCACUUCCACGACGCAAGACACGUCAGGCAAAAACAUCUUCACGUUUUGGAUUUUGGUCGAUUAUUUUCACGAGUGGAAAGAAACGUCCAAAAUCUACAUUUGUGUUGAUUUGACUCCGUCUGUUUGUGUCUGUAGAUCAAAAGUCACAUCAGAUUAAGCCUAAUUCACAUUUCUGCAUGUAAAUGUACCGACCCAGUCCGCGACCCUCUCUGGGAUAAAAUGAUUGAUCCGGGUGAGUCCAGACCUUCUUUAAACCCUGUCAUCGUGUAUCUGCUGCUCCACUGAACCAACACACACCGACGCGAUGAUCCAACUCUUCGAUCUUCAGGGAGCCACGUUGGAGGACGUCUGAGUUCAUCGCAGCUUCUUUUGGCUUUUGAUUCUGGGGCCUUCUGACGAGGUCGGCCGUCCGUUUACAGCUUUUUAUUUUCAUUUUUUUAUGUCAUCGCUGCGGGGGAAGAGGUUUGUUGAUCUAUGCGUCGUCUUAAUUUAGUCGCAGAAGCAGAGCCUGUCGGGACGGUUCCCGGGAAGCCCUGGGUUUGUUUCGGGAGCAGCAGGAACAUGAAGACAUGUUACGAUCUGAAGCUGCAGACCUUUUUUUUUCUCAUUUUAUUUUUUAUCUUAACAAAAUCGCGUCACUGUGAAAGCCACACCUCGUCUUCUUUGCCUCCUAAAGUUCAAGUUUAAAGGGACAGUUCGUCAAGAACACAAACCUGCCCGAGUGUUGUCCGUCUCUCUGGGUUUUUGGGUGAAUGUUGUCGUUAAGUUGCUCUUUUGUUUCUAUGCUUUCAUACUUCAGUUAGUUUAGCUUUCCAGGUAUGUUAGCCGAGAGCAACUGAGUUUAUUAUUUAUGUUUAAUUCAACAUUUUUCAGCCCGUUACUUUCAGUGUCAAAGACAAUCUUGUCAUCCAAUAACUCCGACACAGACGACGCUCCAGGCUGAAGAAAUGAUCGUUUUUUGUCCGAACUGUCACCUUUUAAAACGACUGUUUAAAAGUUUUUAAUUGUUUCAGCUUUAUUUUUAUUUCUCGCAUUGACAAUCCUAACAGUAUUUACCUGUAAAACCUGUUGUAGUGGGAGGAUGAUGGGAGCCUGUCGAGUGCUGGUUUAUCGAUAAAUCUGUGAGGAACUAAUCGGCCUCAUUCAGUUUACAGUCUGACUCAUUACCGUUUAAUAAGAGUUAACCUCUUCUUCUUCUUCUGUGGUGGUGUUGACACAAAAUAUUGUUUGACCUGAAAACAGCAGGAAAAUUUGGCUUUUGUUUUGUUUUGUACCAAACUUUUGAUUAUUUUCAUUAUUUCUGAAUCUACCAGUUACACCUGAAAAAUGUCUUCAGACGUCUUGUUUUGUCCGUCCAACAGUCAAAGACACAAAGAUGUUCUGUUAACAACAAAGCAGAGAAAAGACUGGUGUCACCAAAUGGCGCCAAUGGAAAAAAAGACGACGCCAAACUUCUCAGCACGUCUUCUUCGACUCUCUGACGUUUCUUCAGAGAUCUUUGUUUUUCCGCUGACCUGAGGUCGGCGUUUCGUCUUUGCGGAGGACACUUAAACCCUCGAUGGGUCCCAGAUGAUGGUACAGAUUUCCUGGAAACCAGUAAAACACGAGGAGGGGGAAACCAGUGACUGUUAACCAGGCUGCUUCAGAGUUUUGACGGUGAAAACAGCGACACCUGCUGGUCAAAUGUUUCACAUUGCAUUUGUUCUCGAUGCUGUCAUCCUUCAUCUUUUGUUCAAUAAAGGUCAAAUUAUGUAAACUGAUCAAACUAA